CGCGCAAGCGCGGGGGUCAUUGAAUUUAAUUAUUUUUCGUUACCGUAUGUUGCAAAUGAUUUGGUGUAGUUGAUGGAGCAUUUGUUUAAACUCUGCAGUAGUUGUGUGUAUAAUUAUGGCUAUAACUUAUAACUGGUGAUGUUGUGGAUUUUAUGAGUUUGUAUACUUUGAUAGUGUCUUCCCUUCCUAAUAAUCCUAUAAUUUAUCUAUUCUGAUUUUGAGAUAACAACAUGCAAUAUUAUCUUGACCUUUCUGAUCCAUAGUGACAAAAGAGUCUUGUGGGCAAUUAACACUAACAUUUUUUAUAUCAAUUCUUAUAGCUGCUCUCCUCGUGGGAAAUACUAUAUCGUAAUUGGCUGAAAAUAAAAACACUAACAGCAAGUCAAUAUUGUUCAGAUGAGUAACUUAUGAGAAUGUGAUUACAUUUAUUAACAACGAAGGUAUUCUCUUCUGAAUUGCAACAGUAAGAUAUUUAAGUAGGCUGUAUCCAAUACUCCAAUAUGAUGUAUGAUUUAUGAAAUUUUUCCAACCAUGUCCUUUCAUUCUCUUCUUUAUACAUCUCCACUUCAGUUUAAUAGGUCUUCAAGGAUGAACAUGCGUUGGGUAUCUAACCAAGUCAAAGAAAUCAAGAUUUGUUGCUUUGUAGAACUGGAAAUGUCAAAGUCUCUCUCAGCUUCUCAGUCCAUACCUUUUAGUUUCUUCAUAGAAAGCUUGUUUCCUCUCACUUGUAAUUGAUAUGCUUCAAUGUAUUCAAUGGUAGCUACUGUGUAAAGUAGAAUCACAAGUACGUCCUAGUAGUUGAACUGUCGAGUGCACUAAAUCACGAGUGUGUUAAAUGAGCUCUGAUUAACGGUUUCCGCCACCGCUACUACCGCUUCCGUUGCCAGAACCUUGAGCCUCCACCAACCCCAACACCGAUUCCUAUUCCAAUCCCAAAGCCUCCUCCUCCGCCAUGUCCUAUCCCAUGACCUCCACCAGCACCAAAUCCACCACCAUGUCCAUAUCCACCGCCCACACCACCUCCUCCACCACCACCUAGUCCACCGCCUCCCCCAACACCUCCUCCCGCUCUACCACCAACUACCCCUCCAACUCUAAAACCACCACCAUGACCAGAUCCACCACCAGCACCACCUCCUCUGCCGCCACCACCUCCACCACCAACUCCUCCAACACCACCGAAUCCUCCUCCCGCUCCAAAUCCACCACCAUGGCCGGAUCCUCCUCCAUGUCAUUAGAUACUAUUUUCAUACAUGUCUUCAUGAAAUGGAUCAAAGUAAAGUGGAGUUUUGAUUGUGAAGAAGGGGAUUCAUUAGAACUCUAUCAGUAGGGUUUCAAGCGGAGAAGAUGAAAAGGUAAAGAUCCUCGUCACUUCCGUCUUACUCGGGUCGAUACAAAUGAGAAAAAAAAUAAAGCGUACCACGAUGCAAUAAAGCCCAGCCCACUGCAAAUGAAAGAAAUACGUGAAACCCAGACGUGACUAAAGCCUGUGUGACGUGUAAAAACAAAAUGAGCUGAUUGGUCGAUUAUAUUUGAUGACGUGGACAACCUAAUUGCUCACUAUAUUGGCCUUUUAGUAUUGUGAUGACUAUCCACUACAAUUAGGGACAAUUUUUCAAUUAACCUAUAUCCAUAAUUCCAAGAACCACUCUUCCUUUCUUUAUAGAUUUUACAAUUUUUGAAGAUUUUUUUUUUUUCAAGAUUUUUAAAAUUUACAAGAAUCAGUGAUACUUUGAUCAAGUUCUUGGAAUCUCAAUAUAAUCUGAUUUAAGAUCUUUUGAAUGGAUGACUCGUUUUCCUCUCAUGGUAAGUUUUUGAAUUUGUAGUAUUGAAGUAUUCCAAGGAGACCAAAGGCUUUUAUUUGGUGUCAUGAAAAAACUAAACGGAAAUUCUGCUACCCGAACAAGUUUGCAUUUAUUAAUGAAGAACAUGAUAUCAUCAAGAGAAGAAUGAUGAUUUUUAUAAUUUUAAAAAUGUGGGAGUUAGUUGCUGAUAUUUUGGGCUACAUGCAUUGGCCAUAUUUGAGAUAUCGAGAGUUCAAAUUCCAUUGGGUACAUGUGAAAAACAGAUAAUAGCAUGACGAUAGAGAGAUAAUAGCAUGACAGUAGACUAGUAAGCUGCAAGUUAAUGUUCAUGCAUGCAUGGUGGUUAGAUCAGCAUCACUAACUUACGUGUAGUGAUUGUAAUUUUUGUUUUUGUCUGUCUAACCAACUAAAUUGUUGACUAGUAUUUAUUGUCUGAGAGCCAAUAAAAAUCCAACCAGAGAUGUGUUCUGUCUCUCUCCCCCUUAAGGUCGGCUUCAACUUCGCAAUGGAGACUCCACCAACGAAGGAGCUGCUAAUGAAGAUGCUAGAGCUCGAGGAGAGUCACGAACGCCUAAAGCAGGAGAUGUGUAGGCUCAAGGCCGUAUCCACAGAGAGCUUGGUCAUUCAGAGAAGAGAAACAUCGGCGAGGGAGCUCUAGUAUUGAGGAAAAGCUGCGCCGAGUCGUUGCGGAAGGAGAGGCGUAUCCAGGAUACGAUCAGUCUAAGAGAUGGAAUAGGAGGAGAAACAAAGCCAUAGGCAGGGAAGUUCACCCAUCAACAGUAUUUGAACAUUGUGCAGUCGAUGGGCCAAUCAGUUCAUGCCUUCGAUCUCAAAAUGAGAAUUAUCUUUUGGAAUGCCAUGGCGGAAAAGCAAUUUGGAUACACUGCUGAAGAAGCAGUUGGGCAGAACCCAAUUAAUGUUAUGGUAGACGAUCAGGAUGCUGCCUUUGCAAUGAACAUUGCUCAACGUUGUUUCAAUGGAGAGAGCUGGACCGGUGAGUUUCCUGUCAGGAGCAAAUCAGGGCAUAGAUUUUCAGCUGUCACUACAUGUUCCCCAUUUUACGAUGAUGCUGGUUCUCUUGUUGGCAUAAUUUCUCUCACAAGUAAGUCAGCACCGUAUUUGCACCCAACAAUCUCUUUGGCAAAGUUAAAGGCAAAACAAGGUGAAAAGAGCUCUAGCCCUGUAAGUAGUUUCGUAUCAAAACGUGGUUUGGACUCCAAAGGAGCUGUUUUAUCGAAACUUGGGCUUGACUCUCAUCAGCCUAUACAAGUUGCUAUAGCAUCAAAGAUAACAGAUUUGGUUAGUACCAUUUUCUUAGCUUGUAUGGAUUAUAUAUGUCACCUUUUAUUUUGAUGAUGUAUAUUUUGAUUAGUGUUAAACUCACAGGCAUGCAAGGUGAGCAACAAGGUCAUGUCGAAAAUGCGAGCAGGUGACAGUAGUGGUGCCACACUCUCUGAGGGAGUUUUUGGUCCUGCUCUCUCUGACCAAAGGGACGAUGCAUCUGAUAGGAUAGCACACGGUGGAGUUGAGAACAGAGUUGACAAGAUGGUCCUACGUAAGUCAACUAGAGCAAAGGUACCAACAAGAAGAUACGUGGACUAAGGAAGGAGUAUUUCAUUUUGUUAUUUCUUAUUCAAUAAAAGACCUAGUCUUGAGGAGAUAGUUCUCCACUUUGUUGCAUUCCUGUUUUAUAGGAAGUUGAGUACUUCCACUUUCCCUCAUUCACGUAUUGUAAGGAGUCAUGACUCCAUUUGUUUUCUUAUUUAAGCUAAUGAAAAACCCAGAAAAAGGUAGACUUAUCUACCAACAAAUAUCUUGAGUACUUGUGUUAUUACAAUCUCUUUAAGCUUUGAAGAGGGACCUUAGCAAUUUGGUAUCAAAGCCCGUUUGUUCUUGCGACGACAUUCAUUCACGUGAAUCAACGUCCAUCAAGAACAUAUUUUCUUUUCAUCACCAUUUCAUUUUUUUUCCACCACCAUUCCAUCUACAAUCACCAAAAACAAAACAAAAACAAAAAAACAAAACAAAAACCAAAAAAAAAAAAUCUAAGAGAUACGACCAUGACCAACAAGGAGAGACUCGGUGACCUGGAAGCAGGACUGGGAAUGAUGCAGGAUGAGUUCCAGAAGCUUACCGUCGGGAUCGAUGACAGACUCCGAGGAAUUGAGAGCUCAUUCCAACGAACUCUAGAGGAAACUCUAGGACGAAUGCGGGAGAUGGUCGCCAAUAGUCGUGCAGGUGACUCCAGUGCAACACGUCAGAGCAGAGAGCCUGACAUACGACCACAAACCACUCCUCAGGAGGAAACGGUGAAUCCCUUCGCUCCGGUUCGAUAUAAUCCGCACCGUGUGAAGCUGGAAUUCCCUAAGUUCAGUGGAGGAGAUCCCACCGAAUGGAUAAGCAAGGCGAAACAAUACUUUGCGUACCAUGAGAUGUCGCUGGAGAAACGCGUGAGCUUUGCCUCAUAUCAUCUCACCGACGAGGCCAAUGAGUGGUGGCAGGCGAUUUCCAAAGCACGGGGAACCGAUCCAUCCCAGGUCCCAUGGGCGACGUUUGAGACAGAGUUGUGGACCCGGUUUGGUCCAAUGGACGGCGAAAACUUCGACGAAGCGCUUUCGCAUAUACGACAAAAAGGAUCACUAUUGGAGUACCAGAGAGAGUUUGAACGACUCCAGAACAAGGUGGAAGGCUGGACGGAGAAAGCUCUGGUUGGUGCAUUCAUGGGAGGUCUCCACACCAACAUCUCCAAUGCUAUACGCAUAUUCAAGCCCAAAACCUUGACAGAGAUCAUCAAUCUCGCACGAUUACGGGACGAUCAACUACAGAAGGAGAAACGUUGGAAUAAUCCCCGACAAUAUCCAUCAAGUUCAUCGGCUCCAACUAAUCAGGAGCGCAGAAGUGAGAAAUCACCAACAGAGCCGCGGAAAUUGACGUGGGAGGAGAUGAAGAGGAAGCGAAGUUUGGGAUUGUGCUUUAGCUGCGAUGACAAAUUCGCUCCGGGUCACAAGUGUAAGCAACCCCAGUUGUUCAUCAUGGAGAGUACACAAGAUGGUGAUAGCAGCGAUGAGGAUCAAAACGAGGAAGAGCAGCAACCUGAGAUCUCAUUACACGCUUUGACAGGAUGGGAUACACCAUCAACUCUUCGCCUCCACACUAAGAUCGAACAGCAACAUUUGCUAGCUCUUGUGGACAGUGGCUCCACACAUAACUUCAUCAGCGACAAGGCAGCACAGCGAUUACACUUAUCAGCGACACAUACGACGCCUUUCACGGUCCGGGUGGCCAACGGAACUCCGCUGAAGUGUCACCAGCGAUAUGAAGCAGUAGCUAUGAGGAUUGGGACGGCGUCUUUCACGAUAACCCUACAUGUCCUUCCCUUAGCAGGCCUCGACAUUGUUUUGGGAGUUAAGUGGUUGGAAACCCUAGGCCCAACUAUUUGCGAUUGGAAGGCCCAAUCUAUACAGAUAGCGUGGGAAGGCCAAGCCCAUCUUCUCCAAGGGAUCCAAGCUGCAACCAUUCACGCAAUUGGGCCACAAGAAAUCAUUAAGGAAGCCCGUCAAGGCCACCUUCUGUAUGCUCUCUGUCUCUCCGACACCGAGACACAGAUUUCUCAAGUAGCCGACGACAUGAAAGCAUUGAUUCAUGACUUCGACGAUUUGUUUCAGGCCCCAACUGGUCUACCACCACACCGUGAGAUUGAGCACACAAUCACUCUUAAGGAAGGAACCGAUCCUGUGAAUGUCCGGCCGUACCGAUAUGCAUACUUCCAGAAAGAAGAGAUCGAGAGACAAGUGGAAGACAUGCUGAAAUCGGGAAUCGUCCGCACUAGCUCCAGUCCAUUCUCGUCGCCGGUUCUUCUGGUCAAGAAAAAGGACGGAACUUGGCGCUUUUGUACUGACUACCGUGCUCUUAACGCUGCAACCAUCAAGGAUCGUUUUCCAAUCCCGACCGUAGACGAUAUGUUGGACGAGCUACACGGCGCUGCGUACUUCACCAAGCUCGAUCUUACUGCUGGGUAUCAUCAGGUUCGCAUGAACCCCAACGACAUCUCUAAGACAGCCUUUCGGACACACAACGGACACUAUGAGUAUCUGGUCAUGCCGUUCGGCUUGUGCAACGCACCAUCUACUUUCCAGGCGCUCAUGAACUCUAUCUUUCGGCCAUUGAUGCGCAAAUCAGUUCUCGUCUUCUUCGACGACAUUCUAAUCUACAGCUCAGAUUGGGAGUCCCAUUUACGGCAUGUACAUGAGGUAUUUCGACUCUUGCGUGAACACAAGCUUGCUGUGAAAUUCAAAAAAUGUGACUUUGGCAGAGAAGAAUUGGAAUACUUGGGGCAUAUUAUAUCUCGCCAAGGAGUCAAGGUGGAUCAAUCGAAGGUUCAAGCCAUGCUCGACUGGUCGCCUCCGACAAACAUCACAGAGCUUCGUGGAUUCUUGGGCUUAACCGGUUACUACCGCAAGUUCGUCAAAGAUUAUGGGAUUAUUGCUCGUCCCUUGACAAACAGACUGCGAAGAGGCCAAUUUACAUGGGAUUCUGAAGCGGAGCAAGGUUUUUGUGCACUUAAGGCAGCUAUGACAACAACACCGACUCUGGCCUUACCGGACUUUACACAAUCCUUUGUCAUUCAGACCGAUGCGUCAGGCGACGGUAUUGGGGCUAUUCUCUCUCAAAAUGAUCAACCCAUCGCCUUCAUGAGCAGAUCAUUGGGUGUGGCAAAGAAGAGUUGGUCAACCUAUGCUCGGGAAAUGCUAGCUAUCAUUGUGGCCAUUCGUACCUGGAGACCAUACAUCCUUGGCCGCAGAUUCAUCAUUCAGACCGAUCAACGCAGCCUGCGUUAUCUCCUGGAGCAACGUAUCCUCACCCCCGAACAACAAAAAUGGAUGGGGAAGCUGGUGGGCUAUGAUUAUGAGAUUGUUUACAAGCCGGGAAAAGCUAACGCUGCAGCAGAUGCAUUGUCACGACGACCAGAUAGCCCUGUCCUCAACACUCUUUCUGCUCCUUCAGUCACGAUAUGGGAGGAACUACGCCAACUAGCACAAACAGAUCCUUACUUGCUUCGUAUUGGAAAGGCAGCAACAGCAAAUCCAGGAAAGCCAUACGCUUGGAAAGAUGGAUUGUUGUGCUACAACAAUCGCAUAGUCAUUCCACCAACAUCUCAUCUCGUCAAACAACUUAUCUAUGAGCAUCACAACACAACGAUGGGAGGUCAUUCCGGGAUUCUCAGAACCUUCAAGCGCUUAUCUCGGCAGUUCUACUGGCCAUCGAUGCAUCGGGUUGUCUUGGAAUACGUAUCAAGCUGUGACACUUGCCAGCGAGCUAAAACGCAGACCAUGUCUCCUGCUGGACUCUUGCAGCCACUGCCAGUGCCUGAUCAAGUCUGGGAAGAUAUAUCACUUGAUUUCGUGGAUGGCUUGCCUCGCUCCAAUGGAUACUCAUCGAUCUUGGUUGUGGUGGAUCGCCUCAGUAAGUCUGCACAUCUUUUGCCUCUUACUCACCCAUAUACGGCAUCUCAGGUUGCUAAGCACUUCGUGGACAUGGUGGUUCGCCUUCACGGAAUCCCAAGAUCAAUCCUCAGUGAUCGCGAUGCCAUAUUUCUCAGCAAUUUUUGGUCGGAGUUGUGGAAAUUGUCUGGCACCAAACUGCGACGAUCAACAGCCUAUCACCCCCAAUCGGACGGACAGACAGAGGUGGUCAAUCGCUGUAUUGAACAGUACUUGCGGUGCUUUGUGCAGAGCCGACCAAAGCAGUGGAGUGUCUUCUUACCUUGGGCUGAGUACUGGUACAAUACCACCUUCCAUGUCUCUACGGGGAUGAGCCCUUUUGAAGCUUUGUAUGGUCGCAAACCGCCGCUGAUGCCGCGGUAUGAGCUCGGAUCUUCCUUAGUAGAAGAAAUUGAUGAACAGCUGCAAGCUCGUGACGAGCUACUCACAGACCUGAAGUUGCACCUUGCAUCAGCCAAUAACCGCAUGAAACAGAUAGCUGACCGUAAGAGAAGAGAUGUUGAGUUCACAGAAGGGGAGUGGGUGUUCUUGCGUCUGCAACCGUACCGGCAGAAAACAGUUUUCAGGCGAUCUUCGCAGAAGUUAUCCAACAGGUACUUUGGUCCUUUUCAGAUUGAGAAACGUAUAGGUCAGGUAGCCUACCGUCUUAAGUUACCAGAGGGAGCCAAGAUACAUCCUGUGUUUCAUGUUUCAUUGUUGAAAAAGCGUUUAGGCGAAGAUGAGCCGUCGACGGUAGAGUUACCUCCGCUGCGAGCUGAUGGAUUUUUUCACUUGGAACCAGUGGAAGUAUUGUCUGUGCGCCGAGUUCAACAUGGUACUAAGGAAGUUCAGGAAGCAUUGAUUAAGUGGAAGAACAUGCCAAUUGAGGAAGCAACUUGGGAGGAAUAUGAUCAACUGGUGGCGAGCUUUCCCUUCUUUGUCUCGAACCUUGAGGACAAGGUUCUUUUGGACAGCGGGAGUGUUGAUAGGAUAGCACACGGUGGAGUUGAGAACAGAGUUGACAAGAUGGUCCUACGUAAGUCAACUAGAGCAAAGGUACCAACAAGAAGAUACGUGGACUAA